GGGGAUGCAUGGUUGGACACUGCUUGGAGGUGUGGCGGCCGCUGUGGUUGCCGGCUUGUACGUCCUUUGGGGCCCUGUUGUGGAGAGGAAGAAGCGCCGGAGUGGACUAGUGCCCGGCUUGCUCAACCUGGGCAACACCUGCUUCCUGAACGCCCUGCUGCAAGGCCUGGCCGCCUGCCCAGCCUUCCUCCAAUGGCUGCAAGAUCACACCCCCAGCCACGCCCAUGCCCAGCCACGGCCACUCUCGGUCGCCUUGCUCCGUCUCCUCCAAGCUCUGUCUGGCGCAGAGGCAACGGAGGAGCACCUGCUGGAUGCCAGCAGCUUGUUGGAGGCCCUGCGAAGCCACCGGUGGAACAUCUCCUCCUUCGAAGAGCAGGACGCCCACGAGCUCUUCCACGUCCUGACAGCCUCCUUGGAAGACGAGUGGGAUCCCCAUCCUUACCACCGAGUGGUGCCCCUCUUUGAUGUCCAGGUCCUGCAGGAGACUGAAACCCCCCCAAAGCAGAUCCUUUGCAGAACUCAAGUUUUUUCAGCAGUCUCCCUGCAGGCUUCCUGGAGGCGGCAGCACCCUUUCCAUGGCAGGUUGGCCAGCAACAUGAUCUGCAAGCGCUGCAGGCAUCAGAGUCCACUCAGAUAUGACACCUUUGACAGCCUCUCCCUGAGCAUCCCAGCCACUGUGUGGGGAGGACCCGUGACGCUGGAGCAGUGCCUCCGCCACUUUGUCUCCUCCGAGUCGGUCCAAGGCGUCGAGUGUGACUCCUGCAACAAGGUUGGAACACCAGGGAGGGUGGAAGGUGGGCGCAGCACUUUUGUGAAGCAGCUGAGGCUGGGCAAGCUGCCUCAGUGCCUGUGCCUGCACUUGCAGCGGCUGAGCUGGUCUGGGCGGUGUGGCCAAGCUCUCAAACGCCGAGAACGCGUCCUCUUCGGGGAGACCCUGGCCCUAUGCCCCUUCCGACACAGCCCCUCCCGGACAGAUGCUGAUCCGCCAUCGGAUGGCAAAACUGCUUUGGCCAAUGGUGCCUGCCCCGCCCUCCCUGACCGCAGCUCCAGAUCCUGCGCCUACCGCUUGAUGGCAGUGGUGGUGCACCACGGGGACAUGCACUCAGGGCACUUUGUGACCUUCCGCCGCUCACCAGCCUCCCCCCGCUGGCUCUGGGCCUCGGAUGACGUUGUGCGGAGGAGCUCCUUGCAGGAAGUCCUGGCCUCCAGCGCCUACCUGCUCUUCUAUGAACGCAUCCAGACAACAAAGACGACCUGAGGCUUCCAUCCGACUGAUAUAUUCUUCCUCCCACAAGAGGGACCAGGACAAAGGCAGCGGUGCUCCACAGAGUUCGGUGUUUUUCAAGAAGCGCUUCCCACUUUCCAGGCACUUUAUGACCCUCCUCUAAGUGCCUUGACCUCCCCUCAGGGUCUUCCAGACGGCGUCUGUCAAGGGGGCCAUUUAAGGGUUGAUCUGAGGACAAUCGAGAGGGUCGAUUAAGGGGACAAUCGAGGGUUAAUCUGAGGACAAUUGAAGGGUUAAUUGAGGGCCAAUUGAGAGAGUCAAUUGAGAAUCAAUCGAGGGGCUAAUCGAGGGUCAGUUGGGAAGGUUAGCGGAGAAAGUCAAGGUUGACUGAGGAUCAAUCAAAAGCCAGUGGAGGAGUUUAUUCAGGGUCAAUCGAAACAUUGAAUCAGGGUCCAUCAAGAAUCUAUUGAGGGCCAAUCAAAGGCUCCAUUGAGGGCAAGCAAAGGUCAACUGCAGGGUCAUCUCAAGGUCCAUUGAGGGGUCAAUUAAGAAUCAGUUGAGGGCCAAUUGAAGGGUCCAUUGAGGGGUUGAUUCAUGGCCAAUUGAGGGGUCCACCGAAGGUCAACUGAGAGAUCCAUCAAUUGAGGGGUCCAUCGAGGGCCAAUUGACAAGGUCAGUUGAGAGAUCAAUCAAGAAUUAGUUCAGGAGUUCAUCAAAGGUUAACUGAAGGGGUAAAUUCAGGGUCCAUUGAGAAUCAAUUGAGGGCCAAUCGAGUUCCGCAGAGAGUUGAUUCAGGGUCAACUGAGAUACGUUGAAAGGUUGAUUCGGGGUCUAUCAAGAGAGUCAAUCAAGGAAUCCACUGAGCUUUGAUUGAGGGGUUUGUCAAGGAUUCAGUGGAGAGGAUCCAUUGAGGUGGUGCAUCAUCCCCUUUCCAGUGAAACACUCAAAUAAAAAUAGUCUUCCUCAUACAUAA